AUGACGCAUCUCAGGAAGCUCAGUGUGAAACCAGGUGGAGCCCUCUACUGGACAAGUGAGGUCAUGCAGCUGAACGAACCUCGCUGCUCCCCACCCCCCCCUCCUCCCCCCACCUCCUUCUCCAGUCACUUCAGCACCAAGAGGUUUUCGUACCACCUGAGCUCCACACAGCCGCUCAGUGACUCCCCCUGCAGGACAGGUCCCUCCUCCUCUUCCAGUCCCAGCUUGUUGACAAAGGGUCUCUCUCUGGAGCCGUCUUGCUCACCGUGCGGCCACCAGGGGGCGCUGGAUGCUGACGUUCCUGAACAGCUGAGCUCAGACUCGGGCCCUGGCUCCUCCUCAUUAGGCCCCGCCCCCCUGGAUGGAGGGGCACCACUGACAGAGCGCUGCGGCCCCCUGCUGGUCAAUGACACGGGUCCACCGGAGCUGCCGGCUACAACGCUAGCCCCCCCGAGCAGGAACCGGCCCCCGCUGCCGGGGCCCAAACCUCAGGUCCCCCCAAAGCCCCCCCACCUGCAGCAGACAGCUUCGUCAAGGCCACGCCUCAAGGCUCCGGAGAAGCCCCUCCCACCUCCUCCACCAUAUAGACCCCUCCCAGUAGACCCACGGGGGGGACGGACUCCACCGACCCGUGUUGAGGGCACCGCCUCCCCCAGCUGUGUCCUGUCACUUAUCGAGAAGUUUGAACGCGAGCAGAUCAUCGUUGUCCCUGACAUCACCGGGGGGGCUCUCUGUCCCCGAAUAACUGACCCCUCCUCUUCUCGACCUUCUUCACCACCAUCAUCAUCAGCCCCCGCCCCUCCCCCACCAGGUGAGGGGCCGCCCUCUGAGGUUGAAGGUCAUGACGAUGUUAGAGUGGAGGAUGAGGUGGGUGAACUACGUAAUGAUGACGAUGAUGACGAAGAUGAUGAAGAGCUGGCGGCGGCAUGUGGUAAUGACAUCCAUCAGAAACGUCUGUCGAUGGAGUCGGGCUACAGCGCCUCAGAGAAACACCUGGAGGACGAUGUGGCUGCUGUGGAGAUGAGGGAGCAGCAGCAGCAGCCGCCGCCUCUGGACCAAUCAGAGCUUCCGUCAGAGCGUCUGUCGCUGCCCUCCUCACAGACCGACGGGAAGCUGGCCAAUCGGGACAGUGGGAUAGACAGCAUCAGCUCGCCGUCGCAUAGCGAGGAGCUGUGCUUCGCCAGUGGGGAGGAAGGGGGAGUGGUUUUUCCCUGCAGCCCCGCCCUCCUCCCUCGCCUCUCCAGCUCGUCCUCAUAUGCUGGGGAGGGUGACGGGGAGGAGCUGGGGGCAAGGGGGGUGGCGAGGAGGAGGAGGGACUUCUCUGAGGAGGGAGACAGUGACCUUGAGGAGGAAGAGGAGGCGGAGCUAACGCUGGUGCUGGCCCCUCCCAAAACAGACAGGCAGGACUCUGCUGAGAUGUCCGUCCAGCAGAGGGUCUUCAACAUCGCCAACGAGCUGCUGCACACUGAGACCGCCUACGUCUCCAAGCUCCACCUCCUGGACCAGGUCUUCUGUGCCAGACUCCUGGAGGAGGCCCGGUCUCGCUCCUCCUUCCCCUGUGACGUUAUUCAGGGAAUCUUCUCCAACAUCUGCUCGAUCUACUGCUUCCAUCAACAGUUCCUGCUGCCAGCGCUACAGAAACGGAUGGAGGAGUGGGACUCAAACCCACGGAUCGGGGACAUCCUGCAGAAGCUGGCUCCCUUCAUGAAGAUGUACGGAGAGUAUGUGAAGAACUUUGACCGGGCCAUGGAGCUCGUGAACACCUGGAUGGAACGUUCGGCUCAGUUUAAGACCAUCAUCCAGGAGAUCCAGAGGGAGGAUCGCUGUGGGAACUUGACGCUGCAGCAUCACAUGCUGGAGCCGGUUCAGAGGAUUCCUCGCUACGAGCUGCUGCUCAAAGAUUAUCUACGCCGACUGCCAGAGGACGCCCCGGACCACAGGGACGCCCAGAAGUCUCUGGAGCUGAUCGCCACAGCAGCUGAACACUCCAACGCCGCCAUUAGUAAGAUGGAGCGAAUGAGGAAGCUGCUGAAGGUGUACGAGCUGCUGGGAGGAGAGGAGGACAUCGUGAACCCGACUAACGAGCUGAUCAAAGAAGGAUACAUCCUCAAACUGUCCAACAAGAACGGGACCACGCAGGACCGAUACCUCAUCCUGUUCAAUGAUAGGCUGCUGUACUGCGUCCCAAAGCUGCGUCUGAUUGGUCAGAAGUAUGGUGUCCGUGCUCGCAUUGACGUGGACGGUAUGGAGCUGAAGGAGCCCAGCGGAGCGGCAGUUCCCAGGACGUUCUUGGUUUGUGGAAAGCAGAGAUCACUAGAGCUUCAGGCCAGGACAGAGGAGGACAAGAAAGACUGGAUCCAGGCCAUCCAGGCGACCAUCCAGAGACAUGAGCAGACGAUGGAGAGCUUCAGACAUCUGAACUGUUCACUACGAGAGGAUGAGUCCGAACCACCUCACUCCCCGAGUUGUGUGGAACUGGGGAAACGAGCUCCGACUCCGAUCAGAGAGAAGGAGGUGACUCUGUGUAUGAAGUGUCAGGAGCCAUUCAACUCCAUCACCAAGAGACGGCACCACUGUAAAGCCUGCGGACACGUGGUUUGUGGGAAAUGUUCGGAGUUUCGUGCUCGUCUGUCGUACGACAACAAUCGCACCAAUCGAGUUUGUGUGGACUGCUACGCGGCCCUGGUGGGAGUGCUGCCGUCGCCCGCCACGCUGACCAGCAGCAUCCAGAGGAGGCGCUCCAUCCUGGAGAAGCAGGCCUCGCUGGCGGCAGAGAACAGUGUGAUCUGUAGUUUCCUGCACCACAUGGAGAAAGGGGGGGGGCGGGGCUGGCAGAAGGCCUGGUUCGUCAUCCCUGAGAACGAGCCGCUCGUGCUCUACGUCUACGGGGCGCCGCAGGACGUGAAGGCGCAGCGCAGCGUUCCUCUGAUUGGCUUCGAGGUCUCUCUACCGGAGUCAUGUGACCGCCUGGAGAGACGCCACGCCUUCAAGAUCUCCCAGAGUCACCUGACCCUGUACUUCUACGCUGAGGGGGAGGAGCUACAGCGGCGAUGGAUGGACGUCUUGUCUCGGGCUGGGAGGGGGGAGGAGCAUCAGGUCCACCACCCAAUUGUGGAGAGUCUGGAGGAAGAGGGGGAGGAGCUAGUAGCUGCAGCAGAGGGCGAGAACACGUGAUUCUAUCAGUCGAGAAAUGAUGGCAAUUAAGAAGGCGGGGUCUUUAGAUGGUGAUGAAUCCUGAUUGGAAACCAGAACAAACCAGUGCACACAGUCACUGGUACACGCACACAUACACACACACACACACACACACGCACACACAAACACACAUACACUCUGUAUAGUAAGAAAGUUGCGUGCUUCGUCUGCAUGAUUCCUUCCUGCUGUCAACACAAGAUGGCGUCGCUCUCUCUCUCUCCUCCUCCUCCCUUCAUCUGUGAGGGGAGGUGGGUGGAGCCUCUGGUUACAUAGGUAGCUUUUAUAAAUGUGGUCCCAGUAAACUCCUCCCUCUUUUUUUAUACUACACCUCCCAUGAGCCCCAGCUGCUGUUUCUAUGGAGAUGCCUCCACCCAGAGUUGUGCCCUCACCGUUUUGUCAUCUUAAGGAAACUGACCCAAAUUUCCAAAGUUUUUUUAAAUACCUGAAUUUAUCCAAUGAGCUCAUGGCAACAGGAGUCUGGAGCUCUCUGAUUGGAUGUUUGUUGUGACGUCCAGUUUUCAGAAGGUUACUGUGAGUUACUGUUAAUUUAUCUAAUUUAAUUUAUCCUAUAAUUUAACGUAUUUAACGUUUCUCUGGAGCGGCAAAGGUCCAACAGUUUCCAGAAAAAGAAAAUGGACUCGAAUGGGUGAAGCAGUGUCCACUCACCUCCAUGUGGCCACGCAGAGUACUGCACCUAAAAACCUGUUCAGUGUGUCAGUCAGAGCAGUCCUCCUGCUGGUGGAUCAGGGUACUGCAACUUAAAGUACAUUAAGACUUGUUGAAUAUUAAUGAUUUGACAAAACCUGCGACAAGUUCACUAAUUACAACAUUACUGCAUUACAGACUUUUAAUAUAUAGAAUAUAAAAUAAAUAUAAACUUCUGCAGAGCAAGAAAAGAGAAGACAGUUCAUAUUGGAAAUAUAUGAUCUAAGAGCCCAGUUAUUUGAAGAGGUUUUUAUAUAUAUAUAUGUUUAUGAGAGACCACAGACAGGUUUACAGGUCUACAUUGUCUGAUCUGAUUACAGGUCUGAUUGUCUAACAUCAUGACGUGUAACAUUGGAACUGACCUGAGGUUCUUACGCUCUUGGGCGAUGAAGUAAGAAAUGAUAAGAUUCUUCAGCAUUUAAAAAAAAUAUGAUGGAGGUUAAAGAUCUUUCACUUUUUUAUCCAGAUUUCCCCCUUCGUGAUGUCACUAAUCCAAAACUACACUUCCCUGUAGCCUCAGCUCUGUGGCUGCUCUGCUCUCUGCAGGUGAAGCAUGGUACUGCACGUUGUUAUCACUUCCCUGAAGAAACCUCCCACAUCAUGUAGUAAAAUAAAAAAAAUACAGCUUUAUUAAUUCACACUUUAUAAAUUGAAGCUAUUCUUUCAUUAUUACAUGUUAAUAAUGAUAUAUAUCAUAUGACAUUAUGUAACAUGCAAUGCUUCAAAUAGAUUGGAUCCAAAAAAUAUGAAAAGUGAGAAUUGAUGAAAUUAUUUGACGAUAUGAGAAAAUAUGAUCACGUUGUUUUCAGUCUUAUAUUUUUAAAUAUUUAUUGAUUUUGAUUUACCUUCACAUGUCAGAUAAUCAGAUAUACUUAAUUAUAGAGUAUUAAAUAUUCCAUAAUAUAUUUAUAUGUUACAUAUUUACUUUAAUUCCAUUAAAAAAGAUAGAAUUCAAUGAAAUACAAUUUUACAUUUUGUAUCUGAUGAUAACUAUUUAAGAGUAUUACACGCCUCCUCUUUCAAAUGGCCAGAUGACAAAGUAAUGAAUUAUUAAUAACUAGUAACUGAAGAUGAAAGCCUCAGUCUGAGGCCCCUGCAGGACACUGGUGCAGGUGCAGAUGUUUUAGGAGUUGGAUGUAAAGUAUCGGUGGAAUUUUAAAGACUUGAACCAAACUGGACUCUGAACCUCUGCAGGAGUCAUGAACUCUUGUUUCCUGGAUUCCAGCGUUUAGACGGAGCCGACAUGAACGGACUCGUCUCGUUGCAGCAUUUCUUUUGGACAAAGUGUUUUGAUAGUGAAAAAAGUGAAUAUUGUUGAUAUUGUUCUUGUGAUUCUGAAGAAUCUGAGUGAAAAGACGAAACUUCUCGUUGGAUAUUUCUGUGUUAUGAGUCGGGUUGUGUUCGAUGUUUGCUUGAUGCAAGAAGAAAACUAAGACUAAAGUUUUUGUAAAUAUAAUUUAUUUUCCUGUGACCCUUCCCCACCCUGGUCAUGUGACUGUGUUAAGGUCAAAGGUCACAGCCAGAGCCCUGCGGUGGCCAUGUUGGCUCCACACGUGAGAUUAACAGGGUAAAGGUUAAAAGGAAUGAUUUUACAUUUUGAUAAAUUCCCUGGGUCUCUUUCAUCUUACGUUUCAUCUCUGUCCAUCUUCAGAUGGGUUCAGGACCUGGUUAGCUUAGCUUAGCAUCAAGACUGGAAGCAGCCAUUUAACAAAAUAUGUCAAAAUAUCAGGUGAAAAUUUGGGAUUGUUUAAUAAAAAAUGUGCUAACACAGCUGAGUGCAUCAAAGCUGUUUAAUGCUCCAGUUGGACUGAUCGCUAAUAACACUUAUAAUGAUAAUCUGUGGUUAGCCUGUAAACUUUAACUGUGGGAGAAACGGGAUGAUUUCCCCUUUCGCAUGCUAACACAACUUAAAUUUAAAUCUUAAAAUGGAACCAAAAUCAGAAAAUACCAGCAGUUACUUUUCUCCCAUUGAACUGAGCUAGGCUAAAUGUUCCCCCUGCUUCCAGUCUUUGUGCUAAGCUAGGAUAACACAUGUUUCUGUGAUAUCCAUCUGAAACCAGUGACUCUACAAAAUGUUGAAUUCUUCCUGAGUCGCUGUGGUGCUCAGUCUGUACGCAGCUCUGGUUGUCUUUAGCGUGUUCUUGGUAUGUAACGAGGACCCGGUGGCGUGUUGUCCUCUCGCCCUCAGUGGAAGGACACGGCCUCUGACUCCUCCUCCGAGUCGUCAUCAGGUGAACAUUUGUUUGAGAUUUGUUUGAGUUGAACUUUUUACUGUCGCAAGAAACAUUUGUAGACCGGUCCCAUUUCUGACCGGUCCUAACCGGUUCUAAACAGUUCUAACUGGCCUUGACCGGCUCUAAAUGGUCCUCACUAAUUUGAACUGGUCCUAGUUAGUUCUAACUGGUCCUGACUGGUCCCGAUUGGUUCUAACGAGUUCUAACUGGCCUUGACAGGCUCUAAACAGUUCUGACUGGGUUUGACAGGUUCUUACUGGUUUUAGCUGGUCGUGUCGAUGACACAGCGGAUUUUCUCUACAUGUAUUUGAAUUUGUUGAGUUUUCAGGUGAAGUUGUUGGUUCAAACUGUUCAUCACAUCUAUGUUUAGAUUUUAAUGGUUUGUUUCUGAACAUGACGUCAGUUAGUUUCACUCGAUGAAAGAGAUGAUGAUGAAUAAUUUAUUAUUAUAUGAGGGACUUUUUUUACAUUCUAACUUUGUGGGUAUUUUAGCAAAAAUUUAAGAUUUGCUCAAAUGUUUUCCCGUUACCACAAGCUAGCAUUAGCUUCUGGUCAAAACAACUUGCUCUCAGUAAAUUGUUAAAGUGACGAUGAUGUGGUGAUGAAAAUGAUGAUGAUGAUGAGAUGCUGAUGAAGAUGUCGUUGGUUUGUUUUUCAUGUUUUUGAUUUGUUACUUCCUGGUCGACCUGAUGCUGGUGACGCUGUUUGUCCGUCGCUGUGAUGCUACAUCAGUUUCCAUCUGUUCAGUGUGGGACUUCCUGUUCCUGUCAGAAGCUGCUGUUACCUGAGGGUCAUUAACAGACGUCAGGGCUCAGGUGACCGACGGAGACAUCACAACAACUGACACAUGCAUGAAACUCUGUUCAUAUGUCGGCAUGUGGAAUAGAAACCUUAACAAACCUAAAUCUACAUGCUUCUAAUCCGGCCGUCAAAGAACCAAUCAGAGGAGACUAUGGUGAUCUCAUCCCACUGACUUCUCGUUAGAGGAACCGGGGGUUUCUGGAGCAGCAUGUUACCAUGGUAACCUCCAGGUUCCCUGAGCCUCUCUCCUAUGCUGGUUUCACUGUUGUCAUAGCAACCACUAGACCUCAGUUACCAUGACAACAGUGUCACCAGCACUCUCUCCUCUCUCCGGGUGUAACAGCAGCAAGUCUGUGGACUCCUCGUCUUCCUGUUGUACUUCUGGUACCUAGUUAUCAUUGAUUAUUGAUUAUGGAUUGAUUGCAGGUUAUUGGUUAGUGGCCGGCCACUGCCUACCAUUCUGUCCAUGUCUGUUUCCCAUCAUGCAGUUCUGUAAGAAAAUAACAUGAGAAAUGUUUAUGAGGUUAUAAAUGAAAUAAAAAGAUGAAAACGGUCGCAAGUA